AAAGCUUGGCGUGCAAGCGUAUAAACUCCGGUGAAUACUUGCCUGAAAUAUAAGAAGUUCACAAUAAUUACUCCAAUUUAAUUGUUUUAAUCAAGGUAGAUUGCAUCCCAUACACAUCGGAAUAACAGUAACCUUAUCAGGUUUUCCAUUUAAGAAUCUAUGAUGGCUUUACCUGGCAACUAUAAACAAGUCUCUUCGCCGAUGGGAGGACCGCAGACGCCAAACCAUUUGCUGUUCACAGGUUCUCCGAUGACUUUCAACAUUUUGAAAGAGCGGUUAAGAGCCUCCGGAGGAGUUAGCCAAGGAUCUGGGAAGGAGACAAAUCCAUUUAUUACUACUCCUAGUGGCAAUUCAUCAUUUUUACCACAAAAAGUUGGAAAAAACACACCUCAAAAUGAUUCGAAGACUCCCAAACCACCUAAGCCACCGGAGAAGCCUCUCAUGCCGUACAUGCGAUACAGUCGUAAGGUUUGGGACACAGUCAAAGCACAAAAUCCUGAACUUAAACUGUGGGAAAUCGGCAAGAUAAUUGGCCAAAUGUGGCGUGACUUGCCUGAAGAUGAGAAGAACGAGUACGUUGAAGAAUAUGAAGUAGAAAAGGUCGAAUAUGAUAAGAAUCUCAAGACUUAUCAGAAUUCGCCGGCGUAUUUGGCGUUUGUUGCGGCGAAAAACCGUGCGGCUUCUGGUGUUGAAGAGCGCGACACUCACGAGAGAAGUCGUGAUAGUAAUAAGCAGCAACAGGCUGCUGAUCGUCGAAUUGAUAUUCAACCAGCAGAAGAUGAAGAAGAUCAAGAUGAUGGUUAUUCCGUUAAACAUAUUGCAUACGCUCGAUAUUUGCGCAAUCAUCGUCUUAUUAACGAAAUAUUUUCGGAUACGGUGGUUCCCGAUGUGCGAUCGGUUGUGACAACUGGUAGAAUGCAAGUGUUGAAACGUCAAGUGCAGUCGCUCACCAUGCAUCAGAAGAAACUCGAAGCGGAGUUGCAGCAGAUCGAAGAGAAGUUUGACGCUAAAAAACGCAAAUUUAUUGAGAGCAGUGAACAAUUCCAAGAGGAAUUGAAAAAGCAUUGCAAACCAGCUGUAGACGAUGAAACAUUCCAAAAGUUGGUCGAACGUCAAUACGAAACUCUUCGCAAAGAGCGAUUGAAGGGUCAGGACGAACAGAAAAUCAAACAAGAAGAAGCAGCUGCUUCAAAUGGCCCUCCAGCCGCGAGUAGCGAACCGGUGCAGCCGAAUGCUGCCGCUAGUGGUCCCCAGCCGACCAAUUCACUACCCUCGGACGAGGCGCAGCCACAACAAGAAGGCAUAGUACUACAUUACAUCCAGCCUGUCAAGCAGGAGUCGCCCCAGCCCGAGAUGCCAAAAACUCCACCGCAGCCAUCUCCGGUUGAGCCACCCAAGGAGCCAACCCCUGUGCCGAAUGGUAAUUAUGCUCCUCCUGAAGUUAAAGAAGAAAAGAUGCAAGUGGACGAACCACCGCCAUCACAAGCGCCAGUUCAGUUGUCGGCUGUACCACCGCAGUCCCAGCCUCCACCACAGCAGCAACAUCAACCGCUGCCAAUGGCUCAUUCUCCUGUCCCUCCUCAGCCACAACUUCCUCCGCAACAGGCACCGCCGCAUACUUCUGCACCAACAUUGCAUCAACCGCAUAGUCCCAGUAUGCACCCGGGACACCCACCAUCGCCGCACCAUGUGCCGCCUCAUCCAGGUAUGCCAAGUAUGCAGCAUCCUCCACAGCCAGGCAUGCAUCCACAUGGUGGUCCACCUCCGCACAUGCAGCCGCAUCUUGGAAUGCCCCCACAUACAGCUCCACCGCAUUCAACACCUGGCACCCCGCCGCAUUCGACAAUGUCGCCGUCUCAUCCCAGCAGUGGACCAGGGCCACAUGGGCCACCACCACACCAACAACACCCGAUGCAUGGUCAAAGUGGUCCACCAGGACCAGGGGGACCACCAGGUUCUCAUUCUCCUGGGCCUGGGCCACAGGGACAAAUGCCGCCGCAUAUGCAGGCUCCUCCCCAUUCGCCGCAUCCGCAAGGACAGCCGCCACAACAAGGCCCACCGCAUCCACAGGGUCCCCCACAUCAACAAGGCCCUCCUCAUCAACAGGGUCCUCCCCAUCAGCAGCAAGGACCACCUCAUUCUCAAGGUCCACCACAUCAACAGGGUCCUCAUCCGCCGCAUGGUCAAGGUCCUCCACAUCAACAAGGACCACAUCCUCCGCAUCAACAAGGUCCUCUUCAUGGCCAAGGUCCACCACAUUCACAGGGUCCUCCGCAUGCGCAAGGCCCACCCCAUGGUCAGGGUUCCCCGCAUCAAGGCGGCCCACCUCACUCUCAACCACUCCACUCCCACCCACAAGGGCCACCUAACGGUCAUCCUCAUUCUAAUGGCCCACCGCCAUCUCAACCCCAUCCUGGAGUACCAUCAUCACAUCCAAGUUCAACUCCACCUCAUCCAGGUAUCGCAUCUCAUCCCGGUAUACCAACGUCGCAUCCUAAUGCUCCAUCACCAACCUCCCACCCUGGUGUUCCAACACAUCCAGGAGCUCCUUCGACUCAUCCACAAGGCCCGCCUCAUUCAUCCACGCCUCCAAUUCACUCCAAUGCACCAUUAACAUCUCAUCCAGGUGGUCCCGCACCUCCACCGGGCUCAAUGAUGCCAUCCGGUCAAUACCCUUAUCAGCAUGGUCAAUAUGGACCCGGAAAUCCUCAAUCUGUACCACUUCCACCACGUCCUCCACAUCCUUCGUACCCAUAUCCGCAACAGCAAGGAUAUCACCAACCAUAUCCCCAAUAUCCGCCGCAUGGGUACUAUAAUCAACCCUAUUCGCAAUAUCCGCCGCACAUGCCGCGUCCGCAUCAUCCCUAUGGACAUCCAGGUGUACCCGAAGGGCAAGGUCCACCAGAUCACGGAAUGCAAGGACCGUACGGAUCGCAACCUCCGCCUGAAGAACGCGGAGAUGCACCCGGUGGAGGGCCUAAUGAAGGUGGCCAUGAAGGAGCCCCAUCCUCUACCACCGAGGACAAGUCUGAUAAAAUGGACAUUGAAGAGAAAGACAAGAAGGAUGAUUAGAUUCUCAAGAGAAUCUCUAAUGAGCCAGCUGAACAAUUUCUAUUUAAUAAUGCGUCUUAUUUUUCUUUUUACUUUGGUGGAGUAUAUAUGCAUUUGAUUUUAAAUGUUCAAAUUUAGAUUACUGCCUGUGUUGUAUCACGUUUUCUUACUUGCGAUGAUAGUUUUUAUGCGUACAUAAUAAAUAGUGGAUAGAAUUUUAAAGACAAAAAUACAUGUGACGACUUAAAAAUAAAAUUCCUGCACAAAAAUGAAA